CGUCAAAUACUUUAAAAACGAAAAUAUUUUUAUUUUCUCGAAGUUGGCGGCAAUUAUUGAUAAACUUUCUGAAAAAGUAAUUGUAUUUAUUGAAAACAUGAUAGUUAUCAGUAUUUUAGAUGAAUUUUAUUAACACUUACUAAACAAUGGCGUUAACAUCGUACUUUCAAGUUUUAUUGUCGACUGUUUCUCUAGCACUUGGCGCACAUGUUGCUUACAAGUACAUGAAAAGUAAGAAAAAGGUUGAGCGAGAAAUUCAAGAGGUUAUUAUGUUUUCUUACCAUAGCGUUGACUUGAAAAGGAGUAAAUAUUCUCGAUGUAUGGUCUCGCGAAGUAUGGAAAGAUUGCUAUACUAUUUAACUACCCCAAAAUAUACAAUAGAUAUAUGUAUGUAUGUGUUUACAAAUGUAGAUCUUGCCAAUGCAUUGUUGAAGAUGAAUUAUAAAGGAGUUACAAUAAGGAUCAUAGUGGAUGCUGACAUGGCUUUUUCUACGGGCUCAAGCAUAAGGAGGUUGGAGAAACAUGGUAUUCCAGUGCGAUGGAUGAAAUCAACAAAUUUGAUGCAUCACAAAUUUACCCUUAUAGACGCAUCAUGCGAAGACGAUUCCGUAACUCCACUAGUGAUAAUGGGGUCUUUGAAUUGGACCAAUCAGGCUUUAAGUGGUAAUUGGGAGGAUGUAGUGGUGACUUCGCAGAAAGAGCUUGUAAAGCAAUAUAAAGAAGAAUUUGACAGACUAUGGGUUGUUUUUAAACCUAUUGUUAAUUGAUUUUGAAAGAGCCUAUUGUUGAUUAAAUUUAAAUUUUGUGUAAUUUAUUGAUUUUGGAAUUUGAGAUUAUCACAGGGUUUUCUUAAAACAAGUGAGAAUUGUUGAAAGAUAAAAAUGAUUAUAUCAUUGGGUAAUGUAACCUUACUUGGUAAGACCAAUUAAGGUAUAGACCUAUAAAAUAAAUAUUAAGUUUUUUUAUAGUUUAACACUGAUGUCUCUUUAUUAUAUCUAAGCACUAUUUUUGAUUAGAUCAAAAACUUGUAAACUAGAUUUGAUAAGUAAAUAGAAAGUGUUUAAAAAUAUUUUCAAAAACUAUUUAGUCUUAAAAAUAUUUUAAAUUAAUCAAAUGCUGCUGAAUAGUAUUUUCUAAUUACUUUGGCAUAAGUAAUUGGUGCAUAAAAUUAUAUGUAUGAUACAUUAAACGCUUUCAUACAAUUCUAAUAAGUAAAACAUAGUAUUAAGAUUACAAAUCUAUGCAAUAUUUU